AUGGAUCAUCCUAGGAAAAAGUCGAAAAUCAAGCACCAUGAUCGAAUCAUCCUCCAUUUUGUACAGCAUCCUUCCCUACUAUUCUUUAUGCAUCAUUCAAUUGUAGACACAAUGUGGUGCAAGAACUGGUCUGACUGUCUGUCUGAUCUCGAUUGCUUCUACGCCCAGGUCUACGAAAACAAAACCCCCUCUCUCAAAUCCCUCCCCCUCGGUAUCCGCCAAAAGUCCCUGCUAGCAACAUGCAACUACCCCGCGCGCCGUCUCGGCGUCAAGAAGCUCAUGUCCAUCGCCUCCGCCCUAGCCAUCUGCUCGGACCUGGUCAUCGUCGACGGCGAAGACUUGACUCCCUUUCGGGACGUCUCCAAGCGUCUUUACGCCCUAUUGCGCUCGUACUCGUGGAAUGACAGAGUCGAAAGACUGGGUCUGGAUGAAGUCUGGUUGGAUGUAAGUGAUAUGGUUGAGUAUAAUGUUGAACUGCUGAACCGCCAUGACUUGGAGCACUCGUGGUUUUGUUUAGACAAUAAGGAUCCGGAGAAGGGGUUUGCGUUUGAUGCGAGGGUGUUUGCUGGGCAAGUUUAUGGGAGGGAAAAUGUUGGUCUUGAGGGGUCUGGGACUGGGGGAUAUGGAGAUGGACAGGCUGGGUUGUUGAGAACGAAACUCCUCCUUGCCUCUCACUUGGCUCUUCACCUCCGUCUAAAAAUCGAAGAAGAAGGGUACACCACCGCCUGCGGGAUAUCCACGAACAAACUUCUCGCCAAGUUGGUCGGUAACGUGAACAAACCCCGGAACCAGACGACCCUCUUGUCUUUCGGGCCCGACGACGGCGAAGAAACUGUUCAAAGAUUCAUGGGCAGUCACCAACUGAGAAAAGUACCCGGGAUCGGAGGGAAAACGGCCGCUGCUCUCUCGGACUAUUUCAUUUCCCAGUCCAAGCCUGGCUCAUCUUCACCCCCAAACCCCAAAGAAAUCACCGUCGACGACCUCCUCUCCUGUCCCGGCCUAUCACCAUCAAAACUCGACUCCCUCCUCUCUUCACUUUCUUCCUCCUCAGGUACAGGAACAGGAAUCGGCAAACACAUCUUCUCCCUCCUCCAUGGCCACGACUCCUCCCCCGUCAAACCCGCUCGCUUGCUCCCCACGCAAAUCAGCAUCGAAGAUACUUAUUUCUCUUGUCCUUUGGUCACCAUCGAGCAAGUCCGGCGGGAACUGGUGAAGAUCACUGGGUCAUUAUUAAAGAGAAUGAAGACGGAUCUGAUGGACGACGACAAAAAGAGGUGGCUAGCGAGGCCUAAGACGCUACGGUUGACAACGAGACCGAGGACGGACCCGAGAGAGGGGAGAGGGUAUGGCUAUGGGAGGGUCUCGAAAAGUCAGGGUCUGCCUGGCUACGUCUUUACCAUUGCAGGCAGUAACAGUCACGGUAACGCCCAUGGUGACGACGAGAUUAUCCAGAGACUUGUCGCCGAGACAUUGCUACCGAUGUUUCGCGAACUUAACCCGCUUAACCCGAGAAAAGGGGAAAAGGGGUAUAGCAUCGGGUUGCUAAACGUCUGCGUGACGAACAUGGACUCGAUUGAUCCCACAACCGGUGGCGGCGGCAGCGGAGCAGGAAAGGAUAUCAAAAACAUGUUUAUAAGGGCGAGAGAAUUCACCGUUUACGAUCCCGAACAUGAGCACGCCGACAACACCGGAACCCAACCUGAAACUGAAGCUGAAUCUCUGGAUAAUUUGGAUGCAGAAGACCUAAGCCAGGACCCGGACUUGAACUUGGACAUGAGUGAUACAAGCUAUGAAUCCUCCAACGGAAAAGCAAGAGGGUCGGCGGAGGACAACGAUAACGACAAUGGGGACCCCAGCACCACUAACCAUCAACAACAACAUUCCGUCUCCAACAUCCACGAGCAAACACAAGCACAAGCCGACCGCGACACGAACCACUUGGGUCCAAUAAUGUCAACCAACCAUUACUUUCACAUCGAAGACGACGACGAAGUCUGGGAUGAUUCACCAGACAAUGUGUGGAAUCACGAUGAUGAAGAAGAAGCCGCAGAAGAAGAAGAUGAUGAUGAUCUGGACUACGACGACCUCAGAGACGCCGAGGGUAUGGGUGUCAAUGGUGACAGUGAUGGUGGUGAUGGUAUUAGUUGUCCACUAUGCAACCACUUCAUUCCUUUAUUUGCAUUAUCUGCUCAUGAGCGGUUUCACAGUAUGGAGUUUGAGGGGGAAUUAGAUGCGUAG